AUGUCGCGACGGCAGCCCGGCCAACAAGCGCGGUCCAAUCACGGAGGUUACCGGCCGGUGAGACGGGCCUCCAGACCCACAUCCACGGCCGAGUUCCGUAUGAAGUGCUUCACUCUCUCUUUUACCCAAAGGCUGAGACUUGAGGUUGAGACGGGCACUUAUAGGUACUUGAUUAGCGAGUACUCUAGGCUAUAA